CUUCUAUAACUACCGAACACAUACACCCUAUUUGAGCGCAAAUACAUAUAGCUAGCACUCCUCUUUAUUUGACAAUGUCGUUCAGCAAGCAGAAUACUGUGUCUACCGCCAUUGCCUUGGCCCUGCUCCUCCUCACUUCACAUCCAGCUGGAGCCGAAGAAGACAAAGAAACAAUAGUACCGCUAAAGACAUGCGAAGUCAUGAUCAAGGUUCCGUGCUGGGGCAAAAACUCGAUUUGCAUUCCGAUUUGCAUUGCAAAAGGCUACACCGGCGGUUUCUGCGACGUCGCCACCUGCAUGUGCACCAAGCAGUGCCCUGACGAGGCAGCGGCAGCGGCAGAGGCAGCUGGGCCGUCAUCAUCGCUGCCGCCCGUCGACGUCCAGCCUCCGCUGGGGAAGCGUGGGAUACAGAUGCUCAACUGAUGGACUACGCGGUUCAACAAAUAAAAUUUUGGUGAUUGGUCAUCUCAAUCUUUGAGAUAUGUAGAACGUGUAACAGAAAUUUACCACUAUAUUUUAAAUGGUGGCCCUAAUAA